AUGGCUACUGCCGUCGCACUCGGUUCUUUGCCAGCUCACGAACUAGAGCCUUCUGAGAACUGGGACGACGACUUCGAGUUCGACGGAGGGGGCGGGAGCACAGGAGGGGGAGGAAGCAGCAGACGGAGGAGGGGCAACGGGACUGCACACGCCAGCGGAGGGGGAGGUGGAGGGGCAGGAGAAGGUGGAAUGGAGAGGAAUGGCAACGGCCACGCGGCAUCUGCGUCGGUCUCGACCUCUGCGUCGUUCGCCGCGAGCUUUGCGUUGAGCGCCAGCACGGAGGACGGGCGGAAGAUGUCUGUCGCGAGCAGCGCGAUGUUGGAGGACUGGGACGCCGACGACGCGCAUGGACAUGGACACCAGACAGCGAAGCCUGCUCUCCACCCGCCACACCAUCAGCGACAGGGCUCGCAAUCGAGCACCCACUCGAAUUCAAACACGCACCUCCCGCCCCACCUGCACUUGCACCUCGCGCCGCCAGCAGAGACAGAGAACUGGGACGACGAUUUCGAAGAGCGGCAUAGUCCGCGAAAGACGCGGCACGACUCGCAGCACGAACCAGGCGGGGACUCGGACGAUUCGGGCGAGCUGGAGCGCGAGUUCGGGCUGAAAGGCGCGGGGCGGGAGGACGAGGAGGACCGGACGGUCACGGCCAAGUCGCGUCGGGCGGCUGUGGCUCGUUUGAGUUCGACUCGGGAGGCAAACCAGGUCCCCCCAGUGCCAACGUCUACCCAACAGCACCAGCACCAUCCGUUGCCGCUCUCCUUCCUUCCCCAACCAUCGACAUCUUCCACCUCGACGCACUAUCCGAACGCCACCCACCCGUACCACCACCAGCUCAACACCAUAUCACCACCACCCGAGCCGUACCCCCACUCGCCCACCGCCUCCGUCUUUUCCGUGCCUACGUCUUCCUACUCGCAUGCACAUUCGUUCUCGCCAUCGCCUACCCCGUAUCCGUUCUCGUCAACGACACAUCUCCGGCCGAGCAGUGCUUUUGCCCUGCUGCCACCUUCGCCGCCGAUACAUAAGGAGCGUGAACGGAGGAGGCUGAGGAAGAAGAGUCGGCCUGCACCAGGGCCGCGGGAGGGUAUGUUCGAGCUGGCGAGUUUGGCGUCGAGUCGCGAGAGACUUGGGGCAGGACGAUAUUCAUUCUCGGACGACGGCCAACAGGACGGAGCGGGAGCUGGAGCGGGAAUAGAGCAUACGAGGCGCGCGACGACUACCAGUCGUUCGCAGACGCCUGGUUCGGAGCUGGAGCUAUCAUCCGCUGAUGGACAUGGGCAUGACCAGCAGAAGAAGCCGCUGCCUAUACCUGCGACGCCGACGAAAGGAGCUGCGCUGUUGAGUCGGAUUGGGAGCGUGAAGAACUGGGGGAGGGGUAUGAGGAGGAGAGGAGGGAGUACGGCGCCUGAGGUCGUUGCGAAUGACCAAGACCAAGAAACUCAACGUACACCCCGCCCGCGCUCGUCCAUGUCGUCCAUACCCGCCUCCUCUCAUCCUUCCUCUUCGCGUGCACGUUCUCCUCCCGAAUCUACCCAACCUACAGCCUCAAGCUCGAACUGGUUUUUUCGGUCCUCAACUUCAGCUUCCGGCGGUGGGCGCGACGGUGCUCGCCCUGGUGGCGGGGCGCGGGGCGGCUCGUCCGCGGCGUCAGGUCAUGGUUCGGCAACAGGAUCGGCCAACAAUACGUCGACGAACCUCGCCCGAGCCGGGUCUACCACGAGCAGAGGAGGACGAGGCAGGUUUUCGGUCGGAGGUGGUGGGUUCGUCGCGCAGCCUCACACAAACGUCAACGUCAACACGAGCAAGAACUUAAGCACCUCCGACCUAAGCAUCAACCCCGGUCGGUCAACGUCCAGUCUGCGCAUCCGCGGGUAUACGCCCUCGCCUGAUCUUCCUUCUCUCUCCGGUCAUGGCAUGAGGCCGGCGUCGACGUUUGUGCCCAAUACCCCAAGCAAAGGGAACAAGCUGGCGAAGAGGAAGAGUUUGGGGUUCGUACAACUUCGGCGUGGUUUCCUCGGUGGAGGUGGUGGUGGAAACGGGCAAGGAGGUGGUGGUGGUGGUAGUGGGAACGGAACGGCGGAGAGUGGGGCGGAUGGCGAUGGGGAGGAAAGCGCGAGGAAUAGUGGGAGGGAUAGCGGGUCGAGAGGGAGGUAUGGUGGGCUGGGACUUGGACGUGCGGCGGCAGCAGGAGUAGAGGGAAAGGGAGAGAGGGAGAGAGAGGAGAGCAGGAGCCGCCGCAAGUCGUUCUCGAGGCUCUUUCGGAGUUAUUCGCGUGCGAGGGAGGAGCAGGAGCGGGCUUCGUCGUCGAACGCGGAUUUGCAACGCCAAGAGGAGGAGGAUGGCGCGAAGGAAGGUACAGAUGGAGAGGAGGAACAGGAGAAGGACGAGGUGGACGAGCUCUCGCGGUCGACGCGGUCCAACAGGGCGAAGAACCAAAGCCAAGGCCAGGAGAAGGAGGGGGCCGAAGGGAAGAGAGGGUUCAUGGGUUCCGUUCGGAGGCUGAGCCUCGUUUCGUCACACCACCACCACUCCACCGCACACGCUUCUUCCCACCUCUCCCACUCUCAGACGCAUGGACUUGCGCAGGAACCACCACAAGCACUGGCACAAACGCAUAAGAGGACCAAAUCGGGCGGUAUACCGGGCUUGCAGCUCGUGUUUCCGUCGUUUGGGUCGUCUGUGUCUGGUGCGAACUCGAAUGCGGGGGCGAACGCGAACGCAAAUCCGAAUCCGAACGUGGGCGAGAAGAACCAACAGACGCCGUCGAGGACGAGUAAGGAGAAGGUGCGGAUGGGGCGGGUGUCGAACGUACCUGCACCGACGCCUGGUCUUCCUCAUUCGCAAUCGCAGCAACAACCAGCGGCGUUGCCUUAUUCGCUGCCCCCUCUACCCCCGACGUCGAGUCAACUUUCGUUGCGGCUACCUUCUUCGAGCUCAACGUACGACUCCCCCGAUCCACUUGAUGUUCCUAGCCUUCCGACGAGGCUCGGGGCACCGUUCUCCCCUUCUCUUGGCUCGAAACCGCCUGGUACCCACCUCAACGCGAACGUAAGCCACAACAUAAACGUCAGCAACAACAGUACGAAUACAAACCGCAUUGUCUCCGCCGCCUCUUCAAGCGGGACAGGCACGUCCGUGGGUCCAGCGAGCACGGUACAUACUGCACCGAGCUCGGCGGGGCCGUCGAGGAACCCGAGUUGGAGUCGGAGGGUGGCCAGUGGUGCGAGUGGUGUGGGUAGUGUUGGACAAGGAGAAGAGAGGACGCCCGGUACGAGGAAGUUGAGGCGGAAGAGCACGAGCGGGCGGAGUAAUCGAAGUGGGAGUGGGAGGAGCGAGAAGAGCGUUGGUGGGAGGAGUGAGAAGAGCGGGAGGAGGAGCUUGGACAGCGCCAGUGCAAAUGCCCAUGGGAAGGUAGGAGGAAGGAGAGGCCCGAGCCUCGACUUGGACUUUGAUUUCGAGGGCGAGUUGAGGAAGAGCGUCGAUGCAGAACGCAAACGAGAAAGCUCGAGUAGUGGUGCCGGGAGGACGAGGAGGGACGGGAUGCAAGCUGGGAACGCGACGAUGCCUACAACAGCGACAACAGCACCGACGAUGAUAGCAGCAGGUGGUACGAUACCGAAGACACCCUCAAAGCCACCUCCUCCCCUCCUACCACCCAUCGAGCUCCAGCCGCCCUCGCCUCCACGCAACGCCAACGAGUCUUCGCACCCAACCUCCUCCUCUUCCUCGUCACACCACACGCACCUAGACACCCUCGGCCUCGGUCUAUCUCUCUCGCCACGCUCGCCUUCCGGUUCAGUCUCCGGCUCGUCCGUGUUCGUCACGCCUACGAACUCGCCGCGGUCGCCGCCUCUCAGCAGUACCUCUCCCAACGUGAAUUUGAGUACGAACUUGGGAGUGGCAUCUGCCGCGGCGGGGGUGGCGAAGAAGCUGACGCUCGCGCCGUCGAACAGGUCCCCGCAGCAGAGUGCGUCUUUGGGUCGGACGGGUGCCGCUGGAGUCCUUUCUUCCUCUGCGGGUGUGGGCGAAGGGGGUUCGGGCUGUGUAGGUGGUGGUGGUGGUAAGGGAGGAGGGGUAGAUGGGCCAAACGGAGGGGUAGGGAAGGACAAAGGCGCACGGAGAAAUUCGUUGGGCGACCUGAAGAUCCCAGCGCGUAUUAGCCAGGCGCAGGUUGGGCUGAGGAGGGAUUUGGGUAUGGUUAGGGAGUUUGCGGGGAGUGUUGGACAAAUCAAGGAGCUCCAACAAGCGUACUGCACCCUCGCAUCGGAGAUCCAAUCCAUGCUCGACACCCAAGCCCACCACCUCCAUCAACAGCAACAACAACGUCAACCUCCGUCCACACCCGCACCCGCACCUCCUCCAGCGUCGAAAGACUAUGCGAAAACGACCUCGCCUGGCUUCUUCUCCGCGCUCCACAUCGGCAGACCGAAAACUAGAGGCAGAUCGAACACAAACGGCAGCCUACCGCCCAAAGACGAGCAACAGCAGCCGAAGGAGAGGGGGGACGAACCGUCGAAGGAGCACCUUGCAUACAAGGAGAUGGCCUCUGCGUUCUGGAGCAUCAACUCGAAGUACCGGAUUACGUGGGAGUGUGCGGACUUGCUUAUCGAGUUGGGUGGGGCUGGAAGCGGAGGAGAGAGUGGUGCGAGUACGAGUGCGAGUGCAGCUGGACCGAGUACGAGCACGUCGGCGCCCGUGGUAGCUGCUCUCGACCCCAUGGGCACGAAGAGGAGCAGAGAACGUGCGAUUACGCUCGCGGGCGACGAGUCGAAGCCUCUGCACGCUGCGCCUGGUACGCUCGGGCCUUCGAACAGCCUUCCUGGGUCGGCGUUCCAUCCUCCUUCCGCUUCUGACCCGUCCACCUCUUCCUCUCCUACCCACACCCACCCGCAUCCGCACCCACAAACACAAACUCAUCCGCACAGUCCACCCCUCGCCAGCCCGCCCACCAACUCCUGGCGCGCCUCGACGGGCCGGCAUGAUUUAUCUCAGCGCCAGCUGGUGCUCCUGCGCGAGAUGCUCAACAACGGGAGCGCAACCGUCUCUGUCUCCGCUGAGGAGAUGAUGCAGAUGCAGCUCGAGCGUGCUAUACCGGAGGAGAGCCUCUCGACGACGAUGACGACGGCGGCGGUGAAUAGGGAAUGGAGGUGGGGCGGGCAGGAUCCGCGGAAUAGCACGAUUACGCUGCCGUCGGAGGAGAGUGCGGGCGUGUAUGGGCGGCAUGAGAAGGAGAGGGAGGAGGGAGAGGGAGAGGGAGAAGGAAGGAGGUCGUCGAUGGAGAAGAAGAGGCGGGGUGGGAGGUUGGGUAUGAGUGGGAUAAGGGACAUGCUGCGGGCAUUGAAGAGGAGCCAUGCAGAGUCUGGCACACCAGCGCUGCCCGUGCCAGGUUCGCUACCCAUGCCGAUGCAUUCGACGACGUCGCUCAGCACCGAGUCGAGCAUGGGCCAUCAUCGGUACGCGCAUCCACGGAUCCCAAGCCACCAGCAACAGCAACACCCACAGCAGAGACGUAGGGCGAAGACGAGCACGGACCCCGAGUCGAUGCGCGAAAGGGACAGGGAACGAGAGCGCGAGAUGCGUGCGCCGUCGCCAUAUGGGUACGCCCCAUCCUCCUACACCGCGCCCAAACCAUCCCCGCGCCGUCCAUCUCUUGCCUCCAUCUUCCGCCUAGGAGGCACCAAGAACCGGCCCACGAGCACGUUCAUUGACGACCCGCCCGCACCCAUAUCCUCUUCCCUACCCUCGAGCACUAGCUCGUCCAUGCCCCCGCGCAGCGACCACCCGAGCGCGGAGGAUAGCAGCAGCACGGGCGAGGAGGACUGGGACCGUAUGGACUCGGCGUCGGACUUGGACGCUGCGGCGCGUGCGUUGGGGAUCGGGGUGGCUACUGAUGGAAGUGCGCAUGCGACGGUGCGAGGGGGGAGCAGGAGGAAGGGACGCAGCCCGUAUUUGCAGCAUGAUUCGUUCGACCCACCCCCGCCGCUGCCGCUGUUGACUCCGUCAGGCUCGAGCUCGUUGCCGUCCCCGCCCAAUUCGGCCUCUGCGACGACGAGACACUCGCAUUCGCUCGUGCAGAAACGGUCGUUUAGCGCGUCGCAGUCGUCGUUGAACCACCCUCAACAGCAAGUGCAGCAGCAGCAGCCGUCCCCAAAUCCACCCCCGCCGCGGACGACUCGACUCUCGAACGUCGAGGAGCAGGCUGAUACGGGCAGUCCACACGGCGCUACCUCACCCGUCUCCGUCACCAGCACCAGUACGAGCAGGGCUGCGAAGUCCCAAGCACGCCUAUCUCGCACUGGGGCGAGCCCCUCUCGUCCUUCUUCUCGUCCUUCCUCCUCCAAGGGCACCGCCCCCACCCACCCACACGCCAACGCGAAAACGGGAUCGGUCCGCUCGAUGCCUCCACACCUCACCGCGUCCAUGUCAAUGUCUGCGCCUCUGCCCGACCCGAAACUUGCGAUGACACCGGAGAACAUUCGGCCGUUGCUCGAGAACGCACGGGAAGUGCAGGCGAAGAUCUUGGAGUGUUUGGCCGAGUUGAGGGGGUUGGUGGAUGUGUAUGGGGGUGGAAUCGGUGGAGGAGGGGUUGUGGGUGUGGGUAUGGGUAUGGGUAUGAACGGAGAUGCAGAGAGAUAG